GGCAGGCAUGACAUCAUUCCGGUGGUGACCGAAGAGUGGAUCCGUUUGGAGGACUACGAGUUUCACUGUUGCGUUCAGCCCGAAGACUUCGAAGCCACGCGUAUACUGAAGCUGAUCCCACCGGACGCGUGUCACUUCGAGCUGAUGCGGUACCGCAUACGGCCGCCGCGUAAUCGGGAACUGCCGCUACAGGUGGCCGCCAGUAUGAACAUAACCAAAGCACGGGUGGAGAUCAAGUGCGAUGUGUUAGUGCCCGGAUGUAUAUCCAGAAAACACGGUCAGAUACCGUGCGAAGACAUACAGAUCCGCUUCUAUAUACCCGAGUGUUGGAUAUACUUCUUCCGCACCGAAAAGCACUUUAGAUACGGAGCCCUCAAGUCUGUCAAUAGGAGGGCCGGCAAAGUGAAGGGCAUUGAGAGACUGUUGGGCACAACACAGAAUCCGGAGCCACAGAUGAUCGAAGUGACCGCAGGUCAGGCCAAAUACGAACACGCAUUCCAUUCAAUUGUAUGGAGAAUACCACGACUUCCCAAAGAAGGACAGGGUGCGUACACCCAGCAGUUUCUGGUGGUACGGCUACCGCUGACGUCCUUUGACCAAAUGCCGGAAUCCUUCUACGAGUUCGUUCACAUCGAGUUCCGGAUGCCGUCGACAACUGUCUCGCACACCACUCUUCGCUCAAUAUCGGUGACCAAUGAGAACCCGCCCGAAAAGUUUGUCCGAUAUUGCGCUAAAUAUGAGUAUAAAAUUGAUCUAAACAUCACGUAUGAUGAGGAGCAAGAGAAGCCCCAGUACUCGGCCAACGUUCACGGCGGGCCCCAAGCGGUCACCGGUGCCCGAAAACCGUCGGACCCGUCGGACAACAACGAGAAUAUCGCCCAAAAUGCAGAUUCUGGGGCCAAGAGUGACACCGAAGACAGCGACGACUAAUUUGUAGUUUAUUAUUAAUAAUAUUAAUUAUACGAUAAAUACUGACAAUAAAUGCAAUAAUUAUACAUUUAUUUUGAGGGCAUUUACGGGGGAAAAAACAGGGAAGGGUUGGUAUAGUUUCCGUUUCAUUACAAAAACCCAAUACAACUGUGUUUUGUGUUACACCUAUUUUUGCCUGUUUUUUACAUAGAAGUUGUUAUAAUACUAGAACUCAAUAAUUA